AUGGGAGACGGGAAGAGGAAUAAUGCUUCGAAAGUCUAUGUUGUAUUUCGUAGUAAGAGGAUUGGAUUAUACAACUCCUGGCAUCAGUGUGAUCCUAUGGUUACUGGUGUCAAGGGUAGCAUCUUCAAGGCUUUCAAAUCGUAUGAUGAAGCCAUAACAACGUUCAAUGAGUUUAAAAAAAGUUAUCAAGCUGAUAAUAUAUCGGCAUCGAAGGUGUAUAUGAUAUUUCAUGGUAAAAGUCUCGGAUUAUACAACCCUUGGUGUGAGUGUGCUCCUAUGAUUAUAGGUUUCAAAGGAAGCAUCUUCAAGUCUUACAAAUCUUAUGAGGAAGCUAUAGCAACAUUCAAUGAAUUUCAAGAAGAAAAUGCUGACAGUGAAGAACCAUCUUCAAGUUCGUUUGUAGAUGAAAAUGGUGUAGGGGUUGAAGGUGACAAUGGAGCAAGUGUUAUUUUAUCUGUAUUGUUAGCUGGAAUGUUUGUAGGGAUGAAGAUAUCAGAAAAUUGUUCAGUUUGA